AUGGUAAAAUGUUGUGGACUACAAUUGAUUUCAGUUUAUUUGAUUGUAAUUCCAAACAUUCCUGUUCAUUUGCUUGAACCUGUAUUCAUUCUGAUGAUACCAGAGCUUUUGCAGGGAUCAGAAAUGAACCAGAUUAGGGAGGAGAAUUUUGAAGAAAAGAUACUUGAUCUAUUUCAAAAGGAAAAUAUUUCAACCAUCGUCCUUGCUGGGAAAGCAGGUAUUGGCAAGACAUGGAUGGCAAGGAAAGUAACUUCCCUGGCACUCAAGGAGGAUGUCUUUGACUUUAGCCUCUUUGUUUCUAUGAGCAUAAAGCAGAUAGAAAGGGCACUCUAUUACAGCAUAGCUUGUCAAUUGUCUAUAUGUUCAACUGUUGGGGAGUUGGGAAUUGAUGAUGAUGAGGAGGCAGUUGAUAGCGUUUUCGAGGAGAUGGAUUUGGCAGCCUUGAAAAAUAAGAUUCUUUCAAGACUUUCACCGUAUAGGCUUCUCCUAAUUCUCGAUAAUGAGGGUAAAAAGUUGUCCAUCGAAGAUAACGUGAUCACAGGCCUGCUCCACUUUCUCUCAGGGAACUCUUUAAAGGUGUUAAUAACUUCUCUUAAUGAGGAUGGCAGACACAAAACUGACGGUGGUAAGAUAGUGAUGGAUUUGAAGCCCCUCAGUCCAGAAAAGUCAUUGUCUUUGUUGCAGCAAAAUGCCGGCAGCAAAGUAUUUGAGAUCACUGGUGCAAGAAGCCUAGUGGAAGAUUUUCUCAAUCGGAACAUGGAAUUAACUCCAGCUGAAGUUGUUAUUAUAGCAAAACUACUAAGUUACCAUCAGCAUGAUUCUGGAGUGCAAGGUCUAAAAUGUCUUCUGGAGGAUCUGUCAGGUUUUAAAAACAACCUUGCAAUACUGUUAACCAGCAGCAGAUAUAACAAGGUUCCAGGUGGUAUUUUGGGUGACUUUAAUUGGAUGGACAUCCAUUUCUUUCGUGAUGAAGGGGCCAUACAUUAUAGUGAGUUGAUAGCUUAUUGGGUAAUGGAAGGGUAUCUUGGAACUAUUAACUGUAUUAAUGAGGCUUAUGCUAAGGGACAUCAGAUUCUCUUGGAGCUUAUGGAUCUUCAAGUUCUCAAAGAACUUGACGCUAAUUACCUUUGUGUCGAAAAACAGAUGCUGGAUUUGAAAGAUAAACAUCAUUCUGGAUUUGGUAGAACAGAUAGUCUUGGGUUGACUAACGUGUUUGCUAAAUCUUAUGAGUGGCACGGCAUUAGAGGAGUUGUCCAUAAAGAUGGUGCAAUAAAAACACCUGGCAUACGGAGGAAAGCUGGGAAACACUUUAUCCUUUUGCUAGAUGGAAACAGUCUCAGCAGGGAAGACCUAGAGAUCUUCUUAGAGUCUGAUGAGGAGCUGAAAAUUCUAGGUCUUUUCUCUGCCAGAGUAAAAUAUUUGCCCAAAUCUCUGUCUGACAUGAAAAUGCUCAGUGUACUUGUGCUGAGGGGCUGUGAUUUUCUGGAGAAAAUUCACUGCAUUAAAGAACUUAGAAUGUUAACAGCUCUUGAAAUAUCUGAUGCUAGGUCGUUAACGGGACUUCCAGAUGACAUUUUUACUCAUCUGACCAAGCUGGAAUGCCUCAAUCUUGCUGGUCUUUCAAUAGAAGUCUUACCUAUAUCGGUCUAUCACCUCACUGAACUCCAAAAGCUCAUCCUAAAAGGAUGCUCUAGCAUUAAAAGGUUAAGGAGUUUGAGAAGAUGGAGAAAGCUAGUGGUUCUUGACCUUUCCGGUGCUGUCUCCUUUAAAAAUUUUCCAGAAGCUAGCUUCAGAUCAUUGCCGAAGCUUCAAUUUCUGGAUCUCUCAAAUACCAAAAUUAUCUCCCUGCCAUUUCUUCGUGAAAAUGCAGAGCUGAUGCAUCUCUCAGCAAUUGGCUGUCAAAAAAUGUCAAGACUGCCAAGUAUCAAGUCUCUAAGCAAGCUCCAAGUUCUUGAUCUUUCUGGAGCAGGCAUAGAAGAGUUCCAAGACCGCUCAUUCAAAAAGAAUGCUAGGCUUAAGAUCUUGGAUCUAUCUGGAACUACUGUAUCCUGUCUACCUUCCAACAUUAGUGCUUGCGAAAUUUAUUUGAAAGGUUGUUCUCAAGUAGAGAAAAUUAACUGUGUAGAAUUACCUGAAAACCUUGAGGUACUUGAUCUUUCAGGUGCUAGCAGUCUAGUCGAAAUUGAUGCCAAUUUUUUUGAACAAACCAAAAACCUAAGACUGCUCAACCUUUCAAGAACAAAAGUCAAAGAUCUGCCCCCACUUUCUGGUAUCCAUAGCCUCCAAGAACUAUUACUUUCAUGUUGUUUAGACUUGGUGAAGUUGCCAGCCUUAAAUUCUUUAAGCAAACUGGAGGUGCUUGAUCUAUCUGGAUGCAAGGCUUUGACAAUGUUGGAAGAUGAAACUUUUGAAGGGUUGUCCCGCCUUGAGCGACUUAUCCUCUCAGAAACCAAUAUUGAAAGACUUCCAGAAUUAAGAUCUCUCUCUAUCCUCAAGGAGCUCAACUUGUGUGGGCUUAGUUCAUUGAGGAUAGCUGAUUUUCUGGAGCAUGUGAGUGAACUUCAAAUUCUGGACUUAUCUGACACCCUACUUGAGAAGCUACCACCCAUGUCAUGUGACAAAACCUUACUCGCCUUUCUUUAAGGAAUUGCAGACAGAUAGAG